AUCGCCGGCUCGGCCGCCCGCGCUUCGAGUCCAGGUGCGAAGCGGCCGGGAAGUUCUGGGACCCCAGUGCCGCCAGUACCGCCCCAGUAUGGUCCAGGAGGAGCGCGCUGGGCAUCGGCUCCGGCCGGAGAGAGGGAAUUAAAAGAGUUGGGAAGAUGUGAGCGGCGCCUCGGCGGCAGGCGGUGUCCCGCGGAGCCAGGAGCGAAGUACUCAGUAAAUUGUUUAUGUCGUGCCAAUACAGGACAGAUUGAAGAAGGAAGCAAGACUUGAACUGGGCUUUUCUCCUACUGAUCACAGGGAGUAAAGUCAUCUCUUAUAUUCCAGUCGCCAAGGAGAGAGAGAGAGAGAGAGAGAGAAAAUCAAGCAACAACCAACCCACCCCGUAUCUGACAUUUCCCUCAAUUUUAACCCCUUUUGGUUAGGAGCUGGUUUUGCCCAAAUUUGUUUUAAUGUUUGGGAUUCAGGAAAAUAUACCGAGAGGUGGGACGACCAUGAAAGAAGAACCGCUGGGCAGUGGGAUGAACCCCGUCCGCUCAUGGAUGCAUACUGCUGGGGUAGUGGAUGCUAACACGGCCGCCCAAAGCGGCGUGGGGCUGGCUCGGGCACAUUUCGAGAAACAGCCGCCUUCCAAUCUCAGAAAAUCCAAUUUUUUCCACUUCGUCUUAGCUCUGUACGACAGGCAGGGACAGCCGGUGGAGAUUGAGAGAACAGCUUUUGUGGACUUUGUGGAGAAAGAGAAAGAGCCAAACAAUGAAAAAACUAACAAUGGGAUUCAUUAUAAACUUCAGUUAUUGUAUAGCAAUGGAGUUAGGACAGAGCAGGACCUGUACGUUCGGCUAAUAGACUCCAUGACCAAACAGGCCAUCGUGUACGAAGGGCAGGACAAGAACCCCGAGAUGUGCCGGGUGCUCCUGACACACGAGAUCAUGUGCAGCCGGUGCUGUGACAAGAAAAGUUGUGGCAACAGGAACGAAACCCCCUCAGACCCCGUUAUCAUUGACAGAUUCUUUCUAAAGUUUUUCCUCAAGUGCAAUCAGAACUGUUUGAAGAAUGCAGGCAACCCACGAGACAUGCGAAGAUUCCAGGUUGUUGUAUCAACAACAGUCAAUGUGGAUGGCCACGUGCUGGCUGUCUCAGACAACAUGUUUGUACACAACAAUUCCAAACACGGGAGGCGGGCUCGCCGCCUUGACCCCUCAGAAGGUACGGCCCCUUCUUAUCUGGAAAAUGCUACUCCGUGCAUAAAGGCCAUCAGUCCUAGUGAAGGCUGGACUACUGGUGGGGCUACUGUCAUCAUAAUCGGAGACAACUUCUUUGAUGGCUUACAAGUCGUAUUUGGAACUAUGUUGGUCUGGAGUGAGCUGAUAACACCCCACGCCAUCAGAGUUCAAACACCACCACGGCACAUUCCAGGAGUUGUUGAAGUAACUCUUUCCUACAAAUCCAAACAGUUCUGCAAAGGUGCUCCCGGCCGAUUCGUCUACACUGCCCUUAACGAACCCACCAUAGAUUACGGCUUCCAGAGGUUGCAGAAAGUUAUUCCUCGACAUCCAGGUGAUCCCGAAAGGUUACCAAAGGAAGUAUUACUUAAGAGAGCAGCAGACCUUGUUGAAGCCCUAUAUGGGAUGCCCCAUAACAACCAGGAAAUAAUCCUGAAACGAGCAGCUGACAUUGCUGAGGCGUUGUACAGCGUGCCCCGCAACCACAACCAGAUCCCCACUCUAGCCAACACUCCCGCCCACACCGGCAUGAUGGGCGUCAACUCCUUCAGCAGCCAGCUCGCCGUCAAUGUCUCCGAAACAUCACAAGCCAACGACCAAGUAGGUUACAGUCGCAACACAAGCAGUGUUUCCCCGCGAGGAUAUGUUCCCAGCAGUACUCCUCAGCAGUCCAAUUACAACACAGUCAGCAAUAGCAUGAAUGGAUAUGGCAAUGCCGGCAUGCCCAAUCUAGGUGUACCAGGUUCCCCUGGAUUUCUUAAUGGCUCCUCAGCUAACUCUCCUUAUGGCAUAGUGCCGUCAAGCCCUACCAUGGCAGCCUCUUCGGUCACCCUCCCUUCAAACUGUAGCAGUACACACGGCAUUUUCUCAUUCUCACCUGCCAAUGUCAUCUCUGCAGUGAAACAAAAGAGCGCCUUCGCUCCUGUUGUCAGGCCCCAAGCCUCUCCUCCACCAUCUUGCACCAGUGCAAAUGGAAAUGGACUUCAAGCCAUGUCCGGGCUUGUAGUCCCGCCAAUGUAAAGUCACUUUUGUUUACCUACCGUAGCACCAAGCUGCAGAGGAUGGGCUUAGGGGACAAGUUUAGUAUAUUAAGACAUGCUGAUGGAAGCAGUAUCUUCACACAGAAUCAGCAACAAAAUCGAAAUGCUACAGGAAAAAAAAACAAACCCACAAAAAAACCCCCACAAAAAAAAAAAAGAAAAAAAAAAAAAGACUUUGUUUAAAGAUUUUAUUUAAACUAUUAAGAAUCUACAUGCAAACAACCUACUUCUUCAUGAACAAUUCCAUUUUAUUGACUGAAUUUUUCUCAUAUUUUCACAUUUCUCAGUCCUGGAGAAUAAGGAAAAAGCGACGCCUAUUUUGUAUAAAGUUUCUGAUUACGUCUUGGCUAUGUCUAGUACUUGCUAUGUGUUGGGAGAAACUUUGUGGAUGCACCAUUUUGAUUAUCAUGAAACACUGAUGAAAAAUGCCUCCGAACAUUUUUCUGUACUCAUAACUAGAUUCACAAUGGUUGUGUAUCUCUAUAAUGUGAAAUAUUUUUUUGUGGUGGAAAAAAAAAAAAUAAAAAGGGGGCCAAGGAGGUUAUGAGCCA